AUGCAUAUGAUAAUCUUAAUAAAAGCCACUUUUAAAAGGCCUCUAAUAUUUUAUAUUGCUAUAUUUACUUUCAAAGAAAUUUCUGGUUUUUUUCAUUUAAUUAUAUGUUGCCAUCUUCUAUGCCUAUUUAGGCCAAAAAUUCACUCUGCAUUUAUUCAUUUUAAUAAAAAUAUUUUAAUUUUCCAAGUUUAUAGCGUUCGUAGUCUUGAAAAUUUGUUUCAUUUUUAAGUUUACCAUUUCAAAAUGCUCAUAAAUAUAAAAAAAUAGUCUAUCUAUAACACACAUAUAAAUAAAUAAACAAUAAAAACAUAUGUACAUAUAAAUAAAACAAACAAAUCUUUAAUCUUAAUUAAUAAAAAUGUGAAUAAUCAGAAGUCUUUCUUAGCCAAGCUUGAUAUGAUCCUUAAUUAAUCUAGCUAGCGUGUGUGA